AAUAAUUUGAUUUCACAUCUUCAAACUAGAAACUCGUCCAAUUUCAAAACUCAUGAGCCCUCCAAAAGUCUGAAGCAAACACCAUCCAACACUAAAAAAAAACUAAAAAGAGUCCUACACUUCUUGGAAAAAAUUAAUAAUAAAUGAUUUCACAUUUUCAAACUAGAAAAUAGUGAUUUCCAAGAAGCAACGUAUAGAAAUAGUCACCCCAAAAAUAUGCUGCAGUAUCCCACACUCUCAUCUAAUUAACUAUGUUGUCAAUUUCUCUCCAUUAUUGACUCCUAAAUAGCAUGUAAAAAAAAUAAAAAAUAAAUUAAUAAAAAAAAAGAAAAAGAAUUCCAAGUUCCCAAAUAGAAUUGAUCAUUUCUCAUUCAUCUCCUCCACCCCACAAAUCUUCUCUAUAAAUACCCCUAAACCCUAAUUCACUUUCUCUCACAUCAAUCCCUCUCUCUGAUUUCCCACCACACAAUCCAAAAUAUUCUGCAACUCAACCCUUUUUUCCCAAUAUUGUAAACCCCAUCAAAAAUAUUCGAAGAAAUCGUUGCAACCAUCCAAUUUCUUAUCCUUUACCAAUUCUGCAAAAGAAUUUUGACAUUAUUCGUUACCUCAAUUUUCUUUUUCGGCUGAAUGGUCUACAAUAAAUACGAGCAGCCAUGGCAGCAGCCUAUCCACAUUUCCUAGUAUCCGAAACCCUAACCGCGGCCACGCCGCCGCCGAUAAUGGCGACCCCCGCCGCCUCGCCCCUCACGCAGGACGAAUUGAAGAAGAUCGCCGCCUACAAAGCCGUCGAGCACGUGCGUUCCGGCAUGGUCGUCGGCCUCGGCACCGGCUCCACCGCGAAGCACGCCGUCGACCGCAUCGCCGAGCUCCUGAAGCAGGGGAAGCUAAGCGACGUCGUCGGGAUCGCCACCUCCACCAAAACCUACGAGCAGGCGGCGUCGCUUGGCAUCCCGCUCUCGGAUCUCGACGCGCACCCGAUCGUCGAUCUGUCAAUCGACGGCGCCGACGAGGUCGAUCCGGAUUUGAACCUCGUCAAAGGCAGGGGCGGAUCGCUGCUGAGAGAGAAGAUGGUGGAAUCCGCGAGUAGGAAAUUCAUCGUGAUCGUUGACGAGUCGAAAUUGGUGAGCCACAUCGGCGGCAGCGGGCUGGCAAUGCCGGUGGAGGUGAUUCCGUUCUGCUGGAGCCACUCGCUGAGCAGGCUCAAGGCGCUGUUCGCCGACGCCGGCUGCGUCGCGAAGCUGAGGACCGGCGGCGGCGGGGAGGCGUACGUUAGCGACAACGGCAACUUCAUAAUCGAUCUGUAUUUUGAGAGGGAGAUUGGGGAUUUGAACGAGGCGAGCGACAGGAUAUUGAGGCUGCCGGGGAUUGUGGAGCACGGGAUGUUCAUCGGGUUGGCGAGCUCGGUGAUCGUCGCCGGCGUUAAUGGCGUGACGGUGAAGACGAGGAAGAAGGGGGGCGAAUUGGGGGUCGAUUCUUUCAGUUACAGUGAUUUGAGGAAUGGGUUUUAGGGAUUCUUAAAUCUUCAUAGCUAAUUUAUUUUUAUGAAUGGAUUAAUUAAGGACUUUUUUUGGAUUUA